AUGGAAGCAACGCCUACUGCGAGAGAUGGGCGACUGGCUGUGGAUAAAGGCCCGAACGAUAAUGAAAGCAGGGAUGGUGGUCAGGGCACUGAUGGUCAGGGCACUGAUGGUCUCACCAAUAAUACGAUGCCAGAAGGUGCCGAUGGCAGUAUCAUUAAGGUCGACGACCUAAAUUCGGAGGACAAUGGUGCUUCCAUCCCUGGUACAGUGCCAACAGCUGCAGGCGGUAAUGGUACCAAUCCCGACGACCCAAGUAUGCAGGACACUGGUGAUUCCACGACUGGAACAACGCCAACAUGUGCAGGCGUUAAUGGCGGCAAUCCCGAUGGCCCGAAUGGGCAGGACAAUGAUGGUUCCACGACUGGUACAAAGCCAACGGAUGCAGGCGGUAAUAACGACAACGCCGACGGUCCGAAUGGAUGGGACAAAGGUGGUAUAACAGUAACAGGUGCAGAUGGUAAUGGUGGCAAUCCCGACAGUCCGAAUGGGCUGGACAAUGUUAGUACGACGCCAGCAGAAUCAGACGGCAAUCCCGACGGCACGAAAGGGCUGGACAAUGAUGGUUUCACGACUGGUACAACGCCGGCAGUUGCUGGCAGCAGUGGCAACGACACGGACAACCAAGGUGGACAGGGUAGUAGCAGUUCCAGCACUGGUACAACGCCCACAGAUGCAGGCGGCAAUAGCACUGAAACCCCACCAGCAUCUGAUAAUCACACCGACAGGGAACAUGAGGCUGAUCGUGAUGAUGAAUAUGACGAGGACGAUGCUGUUACGAACAUAAUGCACCCUGGCGUUUCCGCGGCUGCAAUGCUACUUGCCUUCAUCCUUCGAAUCAAUUAG